GGGAUGUAGUUUCCCCACCGCGGCCGGCCCUGCCUGCAAUGCAACCCGGACCAUGGCUUCCGCGGGCUGCAGCAGCAGCAGCGGUCUGGAUCUUUUGGGGGCUGGGGAGGCGGAUCGGCCGCACCCCAGGCCUUUCUUGAUCGGGGUGAGCGGGGGCACUGCCAGCGGCAAGUCAACAGUAUGCGAGAAGAUCAUGGAACUCCUGGGUCAGAACGAGGUGGACCAUCGCCAGCGGAAAGUGGUCAUCCUGAGCCAGGAUCGGUUCUACAAGGUGCUCACAGCUGAGCAGAAGGCCAAAGCCCUGAAGGGGCAGUACAACUUUGACCACCCAGAUGCUUUUGACAACGAGUUGAUGCAGACAACCUUGAAGAACAUCGUGGAUGGUCAGACCGUUGAGGUCCCAACCUAUGACUUUGUGACUCAUUCCAGGUUGCCUGAGACAACCAUGGUCUAUCCGGCAGAUGUGGUCCUCUUUGAAGGGAUUUUGGUGUUCUAUAAUCAAGACAUUCGGGACAUGUUUCACCUCCGUCUCUUUGUCGAUACCGACUCAGAUGUGAGACUCUCCCGGAGAGUUCUUCGAGAUAUGAAACGGGGACGGGACCUGGAACAGAUUCUGACGCAGUACACAACUUUUGUCAAGCCUGCCUUCGAAGAGUUCUGCUUGCCGACCAAGAAGUAUGCUGACGUGAUAAUCCCUCGAGGAGUAGAUAACAUGGUUGCCAUCAACCUCAUUGUCCAGCACAUCCAAGACAUCCUGAAUGGAGACAUCUGCAAGUGGCAUCGGGGGGCCACCAAUGGACACGGCCGAUCCUCCAAAAGGCCUUUCCUGGAACAUGUAGACAGCAGCCCUGUACUGGCCCCGAGCAAGCGCUCUCACCUGGAGUCCAGCAGCCGUCCCCACUAACGGGGCUGACCAGCAGCUCUGGGACACCCAGUUCUCCACCAGCCGGACUUCGUAUUGGACAUCUCUCCUGUGUUUGGAAGCUCGAUUGAGAGAGGGCAGAUCUUCUUCCAGAAGCGGUGGGGUGUUUUUCACUGCCGACUGCUCGGGUCCCUUUCUUCUUCGGGAGGGAGGGAUGGUUCAUUACACCCCCUGAGUGUGUCCCCCAUAAAAGAAAACGAUCCUCUCGUGGUGCUUUUCCCAGCAACACCUUCCGGGUGUUUGUGGUUCUUUCUCGUUCUCUAGGAAAGACUGGCCAGUCGGGGCUGCUUUCCGUUUUAAUUGUCCCUCCCCCUUUUCUCCUUCCUAUUAAAUUUCACAUUAGUGUGGUUUAGUGGGUGGCAGGGCUGGGGUUGUGUACGGUGCCGCCCCCUCCAGGGCUUUUUAUGGCACCUUUUAAAAAAGGUUUUUAACGGCAUCUUCACCAGUGGACAUAGCAGGGUCGCCAAAGCAAAGAUCUAAGCAGAGAUGACACAGAGGUCCUUUUGUAGCAGGCAAGGGUCACAACAUCUGUGCUCACACACACACACACACACACACACACACACACACACACCCCAUUCAUUACUUUUCUAUGUUGUUUUCAGUGUCAAAUGAGGCAAGGCAGCUUCUUUGUUUACUUUAAAUCAAAGGACGAGCCGGCUUUCAAGGCAGAUGUCUGAUUUGGCUAAGAAAGAGAAACCUGGACCCCUCGGAGGAUGCACCUGGCCCUAGAGAGUUGCAGAUGCAUCCCUAGCCGUAGAAAGGGGGAGGCCUCCGGCUGAGACAGGCAGAAGCCAUUCCCUCCCCUAUCAGACCUUUUAAAAAAAUUAAACGUGUGCCUGCUGGGGAAGGGGAAGGCAGAAAUCUGCCCUGCAGCAGAGAAUACUUUGGGGCAAAUGGGUCUUGCUAUAUCCUUCCCCGAACGAAAAUUAGUUAAAUCGCACAGACACCACAGGAACAAGUUUUGUUACUUGUUGAUAACUGGUCACUGCCUUGUUUUGAUGCUGCUGGAUUCUUCCAAGCGGCCAAAGAGCAAAUUGCAUGUCUUUCUCACUGCAACUCCCCCCCCCCCACACACACACACGUGUCCGUUUAAUUGCAUUUCUGCUGCCAACAGUAUUUACAAACUAAAGAUCUGGUUUCAGCAUCAGAACCAGCAUCCCCACAUGCAAAGUACAGGGCUUUCUUCUGCUUUGCAUUGUAUGGAACUGAGUAGCUGUGAUGAAAAAAAUUGGGGAGGGGCUACCUGUUAACCCCCCCCACAAUUCCUUUCUAACAACAAAGCUUGACACUGUAUUCAAGUUGGUUGUCAGGCACGGUGAAGUAAUAAAAAAUGAGCUAAGUAACAUA